AUGCAAUACGUAGGUAGAGCGUUGGGCUCAGUAUCAAAAACGUGGUCUUCGAUCAAUCCAGCCACCUUAUCAGGGGCAAUUGACGUUAUUGUUGUUGAGCAUCAUGAUGGUACAUUGCAUUGUUCACCUUUCCAUGUAAGGUUUGGGAAGUUUCAGAUUUUGAAGCCUUCACAGAAAAUAGUACAAGUCAUUGUCAAUGGUCAGUUAAGUAAUAUACCAAUGAAACUGUCUGAGUCAGGUGAGGCGUAUUUUGUCUUUGAAACCAAUCUUGAAAAUGAGGAUAUCCCUGACGACAUGUUAGCGUCGCCAGUUGUGAGUGCUAAAAGCUCACCCAGAUUAGAAGAUCAGGAUAAGGGUCUUCUUGAACCUGAGCAUCUGGAUAUAACCGACAAUGAAGGUGUCAAGAAGUUUCAAGAGAAGCUUACGCAAGUCCAUAUUCCCAGCAAAGUGGAUAAAAAUGGUGAUCUUCUUCUUGAUAUUGAAGGUUAUAAACCAAGUCAGAAUAUGAUGCAUGAUACUGAUAUGCAAUUGAGACAGCUUUUAAGAGAUGAACUAUCCCAUCAUAGUGGCGAAGAGGACAUUGAUAUUUCUAAAUUUAUAAGAGAAGAUGUCAACGGUACGAUAAAAAUUAUUAAUCCAUAUGAAAACAGCAUGACUGCCAAUAAUACUAUGCUAUCUCCCUCUGGAUCACCUCCUUUGAGUGUGAGUGAACCCGUAUUAGCAUCUACUCCAGAGAACACAAUUGACUCAUUGCCAACGUCCUCUCUGGAUUCAACGUGUGAACUAACCCCUACUACUUCUACUGAAACUCCUAAAAAUUCUGAUUCACAGAAAAAGACUUUCAUAAAAACAAUCAGGUUAACUAGUGAUCAGUUAAGGUGUUUGAAUCUGAACUAUGGUGAAAAUGACUUAAGUUUUUCCAUAGAGAAUGGUAAGUCGACCAUAACUGCAAAACUGUUCGUAUGGAGAUAUGAUGCUCCUAUUAUAAUAAGUGAUAUUGACGGUACUAUAACAAAAUCGGAUGCACUAGGUCACCUCUUAACAAUGGUCGGGAAAGAUUGGACACAUAUAGGUGUUGCAGAUUUGUUUAAUGAGAUUGCGGGGAACGGUUAUAAUAUUCUAUAUUUAACAGCACGGAGUGCAGGACAAGCUGACUCUACUAGGAGCUAUUUAAGAUCAGUUUCACAAAAUGGUAAUCAGUUACCUGUUGGACCAGUGAUCUUAUCACCCGAUAGAACGAUGGCAGCAUUAAGAAGGGAAAUGAUUCUGAAGAAACCUGAGAUUUUCAAAAUUGCCUGCUUAAAUGAUAUUAGAUCACUUUAUUUUAACGAUAACGAUUAUCUCGAUAUGAGUAACGAUGAAAAGCCGACCCCAUUUUUUGCAGGAUUUGGCAAUAGAAUAACUGACGCUCUAUCGUACAGAACGGUAGGGGUCCCCAGUUCUCGUAUUUUUACCAUUAAUCCUGAUGGUGAUGUACAUAUGGAAUUAUUAGAGCUGGCUGGUUACAAAAGUUCGUAUUUGCAUAUUAAUGAAUUGGUCGACCAUUUCUUCCCACCAGUUAUAUUUCCCGAUGAGGAAAUCAGAAGCAUACAUUCAACAACACCAGGCUCUCCGAUUAAUAAUUAUAUAGACCAUUUUGACGGGGAUUACACAAAUAAUAUGAAUACAACAACGGAAAAUUUUGAUACAACAAAGUCUUUAUUUAGAAUUAAUCAAGAAGAAAAAUUCACCGAUGUGAAUUUCUGGAGAGAACCACUUUUGAAUUUCGAUAAUCUUUCUGAAGUUACUUCAGAUAGUGACAGUGUUGAUAAAGCUGAAACUUCACCAAAACGAAACCCAAAAGCUAUUUUGGAUUUGCAUAAUCAAAAUCAAGGAACAAGCCCAUAUGAUACAGAUACAAUAACAUCAAGCAUGACCAAAAGUGAAGAUGACAUUGGAAAGCAGAUAUAUUUAGAGCUUGGAUCCCAGCUAUCUUCUCCAAAGAUGACUCAUCUUGAUACGACUAAUAUUGAUAAUAAGAUGAAAAAGCUAUCGAUUUCUCGACCAACUCUUCCUGUAUCACAAGUUUCAAAAGUUAAUGUCCUAGAUGACGUUCAUUCAAAUGGCGAAACCCAUUCUGUCAUGAAACAAGAGUCAACACGGAAUUCCGAAGAUGAGUUUGAUGAUGAUGAAUUUGACGAAGAUGAAUUUAUUGACUAA